UCAGUGUUGGUAAAUCGCGCAAGUGUAGUAUUUGUUUAUUUUCAUGCACAGCAAUUAAGGGAAAUGCUGAAAGUUGUAAACAAUAGUACAAAAUGUGCAGAAAUCUAUUGCAACGCAUUAGUUCCGCCGACAUAUAACAUUCUUUGCAUAUGUGGCAAAUAUAUUGAUGAGUAUUUCUCAUUUUGCGAGCAUUUUUACAAUGAACAUUUGCUCAAACAACAAGAUGUGGGAAAUCAAGGAGAUAAAGAGGAGGACGAAGAUCAGACUCUCGAAACUGAAGUGUGUCUUGAGGAACCACUGCUUCAGCUGCCCUCCUCUUCAGACUGUGAAGACGACACGCUUACUGACAACCAGGAGACGAGUUCGAGGCCAGAACGACGCGCGUACAAGGAACGCAACAAACCCAACACGUGCAGCUAUUGUGGACGGAUAUUUCAACGACGUCAUCUGCUGGACACACACCUCAACAUACACACGGGUAGCAAGCCACAUCAAUGCCACAAGUGUGGCAAACAGUUUCGAGCCAUCACCACAUUAACGCGUCACUUGCGAACGCACGAAAAGCGCCAGGAGCAUCAACAAUGUAAGCAUUGCGACAAACAAUUCACGCAUCGCAGUGCUUUAGUUAGCCACGAGAUGCGGCACACUCAGGUGCGUCGCUGGGCAUGUAGCAUCUGCGACAAAAGCUUCUAUACGCGCAAUCAAAUGGACACUCAUCAACGCAAAUUGCACGCUAAAUUAGCUGAAGAGACUGCUGACAACGCCUCUGGUCACUUGCCUUUUUCUUGUGAGCUUUGUGGGAAUAGUUAUCGCAGCGCUUCCAUGCUGAGCACGCAUAAGUUAAAGAAACACUAUCGUUUGGCUAAAUACGCAUGUGAGCAAUGUGAUAGGAAGUUUGUGGAUGCUGAGCGCUUGCAGCAGCAUCAACUAAUUCAUAAAAAGCCUGAAAUCGUAAUAAAAUAACAUAUUUUUUGUUAACUAAUGCAGUUAAUAUUCACCUUAAAGAUUU